GCCGCACUUCCGGCCCGGUCGCCGGAUAUCCGCCAAGUGACCCUUACUAGUCCUUCUUGGUCUUGAAGUGGAAUAGGUGCCGCUGUCGCUGCUAGUUUUGAGUCCAGGAACGUGGCCGGACAUGGGACUGGAAGACGAGCAAAAGAUGCUGACUGGAUCCGGAGAUCCUAAAGAGGAAGAAGAAGAAGAAGAAGAAGAAGAGGAAGAAUUAGAGGAUCCCCUAACAACAGUGAGAGAACAAUGUGAGCAGCUGGAGAAAUGUGUAAAGGCACGGGAGCGGCUGGAGCUCUGUGAUGAACGUGUCUCUUCCCGAUCACAGACCGAAGAGGAUUGCACAGAGGAGCUCUUUGAUUUCUUGCAUGCAAGGGACCACUGUGUGGCCCACAAACUCUUCAAUAGCUUGAAAUAAGUGCUCAGCCUACAUCACCAGGAUAUCAAGCUGUUUCCUUGUGGUUUUGAAUGUGCCAUUUGUUUCUAAUUUGUGAUAACUGUAAGUUUGUAUGAACCUUGUGGAUUUGGGUUUGGCAAAUAGCUUAAUGUAAUUAGAACUGAUUCCAUCUUAAUAAAAUCCUGUUAUCUGCA